AUGGAUCACCCAAGAAGGCAUCUGAAAAAACUGAAAAAGAGACGUUCGAGUCUUUUCGCAAGUGUCAAACUUAAUGCCAGUUUUUCACAGAGUAUAGAGGAAGAAGAGAGUGCCUUUCCAUUUUCACAAGACAGCUCUGUGAAACCUUGGACGUCGAUGGACAACCUCGAUACUCCAUCACCUCAGGCAAGUGACAAAAGACAUCAAGAAAAGAGGAAAAGCAGUGAGACCGAAGCAGCAAAAAUGCCACACCGUCAUUCAACAGUCAUCAAUGUUAAUGUAGGUGGAAAACUCUUCACCAUUCCCAAACAUUUAGCUAUCAGAUACCCUAAAACCAGAAUAGGCAGCUUAGCCCUGUGCAAAGAUCCUGUCAAGCAGCUAACGCUCUGCGAUGACUAUUGUGUGCUCACUAAUGAGUUUUUUUUUGACCGGGAUCCUACUUUCUUCCACUACAUCUUCCACUUCUACUGUAGCAAUGUGUUAUGGGUAAUGGAGAGUCUUUGCCCCGUCAAUUUUGAGGAGGAGAUGAAGUUUUGGGGCCUGCAUUUGAGGGACACCCCUCGCUGCUGUCGCAUUCUCUACGAGGAGAAACUAGACGAGAUAAGAGACCAGCUGAAAGUGAACAGAGAGCUUAUGGCGGAAAUCGAGCCCCAGCAUAACGAGGAGGGUUUCAAAACAAUGUGUUUUGGUGGCAUUCGCAAGAUGCUAUGGGACCUGAUGGAGAACCCAUACUCCUCGAUGUCUGCUAAGGCCUUCGCUGUGUUUUCCAGCCUCUUUGUGCUCAUCUCCAUUGUAGCAAUGACUCUAAACACAGUGAGCGAGCUGAAAUACUAUAAAAUCUAUGGAAGAACCUACAUGGAGUGUGUGGAGAUCACUUCAAUCCUCUUCUUCACCUUCGAGUACUUCCUUCGCUUGCUGACAACUUGCAACGUCAAGCAUUUUCUGAAGAGUGCACUUAAUUUUGUAGACUUAGUGGCUGUCAUGCCUUACUUUAUCCAGCUGGUAUUUGAGGUUUUUGCUGACCAGGAAGAUCUGAGCGUUCAGGAUGAUCUGAAAACGAUGGCGAGGGUUAGCAAGGUUAGCAAAGUGCUCAAAGUCGUCAAACUCAUGAGAAUCUUUCGCAUUUUGAAACUGGCGAGGCACUCGACGGGCAUGCGGGCUUUUGGCUUCACUCUUCGCCAGUGUUUUGAACAGGUCUGCUGCCUGUUUCUGUUCAUUAUCAUGGGGAUCUUCACAUUCUCUGCACUGAUGCACUCAGUGGAGCAGGAUGUUGCAGGAACACCGUUUAGCAGUAUACCAGAUGCCUGGUGGUGGGCAGCGGUGAGCAUCUCUACGGUGGGGUACGGAGACGUGGUGCCCAUUUCUUACUCUGGUCGGGUGGUGGCCUUCGGGUGCAUAUCUUUUGGUAUUAUUCUAAAUGGAAUGCCAAUCUCCAUCCUGUUUAACAAAUUCUCUGACUAUUACGCCAAGUUGAAGGCCCAGGAGUGCACUAACACCAAAGUCCAGCGGGGUUUGAACCUCAAGAAGAGACUGCAACGAAAAUUAGAGAACUGCUUCGGGCCUCCAGCUGAGGACUCCGAUGAGGACAAUAGACAUCACAUUGGCCAGUGUCAUCACUGAACGUCCUUGUCACCCCGACUGCCUCGCUGCC